AUGGACCCAACAGAGGAUGAGCAGAAGGCAAUGGUCACCAUGGCCGAGGUCUUCAAGUGGGUUGGGUUGAGUGAGACGGAAAUGGGUGAUGAGACAAAACUCUCAGGCUCCUUGGCAAAGUUGCUUGGUGCAGCAGACAUCACCAAGCCUGUCACCAUUGGAGUCGUUUCUGAGGCUGACUAUGAGGCAGUGAUCUCAAAGUGGAAAGUGCCAGAUGCUCCUGCGGCCAGGCACCCAACUCUGACUGAAAUGGGUACGGCCAAAUUGGUUGGGCAUGUUUGCAGAGUUUUAGCAGGCUCUGGUGAAUCUUUGGAGAUGCUGAAGAAGAGGGCCAGCGCACCAGCACCAGCGUUGCCCUCAGCACCAGCCGUGACGUCAGCUGCAGCACAGAGGAAAAUUAAGCUGAGCUCCAUCAUUUCACAGGUGGACGACACAGAAAUCCUGAUGGCAGAAGAGAAAGAAGUCUUGAAAGCCUUCGCAAGAUACGAAGUGGUGUAUGGAAAAGGUGACAGACCACCAAACGGCACAGAGCCGACUGCAGAGCAGUUGACCGCAGUGAAACACCUGAUUGAUUCAGGCUGCUGUCCAUACGCUGACUUUUCCAUCUUCGGUCCAUAUGGACAGAGGAUUUACAAGAAGGUGAAACUCAGUGGCUAUCAGAUUUCCCGUGAUGGACAGCUCUCCACAGUGGAACUGCAUGGACCUUCAAACAUCUCGCAGUGGAUCGGUUGCUACACUGUCCUGCAAAACAUUCUUGUGAUGUUGGAUGCAGUCGACCUAGGUCAUUUGCUGCGAUACAGGACGAUGAUCGAGAAGUUCCACGACAAGUAUGGUGAGCGAGUAUGGUCCGUCAUAUACCAAGGAGAUGUUAGAGCCAGGUUGGAGAACAUGCCACGCCUGAAGCGCAUGGCCCAAGCAGCUCACGACAAGGCGACUUCCUCGGGUGGCACCGCAGACUUUGAUCCAGCCAGGCCAUGGAACUAUGUCUGGUUCAAGGCGACAGAAGACCUUGAAUUCUGGCGUGAGGAAGUUGUGGACCCAUCCUUCUUGAUCCUCACGAAGAUUGCCCCAAAGGAAGAUAUGCUCCAAGGUGACGCGGUUACAGGUGUUGCCAAGGGAGGCCCCAGAGAGUCAGCACCAACUCCAUCGAGAAUGGGCAUACAAAGUAACGCCUCAGUCCGUCCCAGGAACUCCAGCAGAUCGGGGCGACUCAACAAUGUUGAAGAUGGGAAGUACACCACAAACCGCACUGGCUACAAAAUCUGCACUGGGUACAACGAUGGCAAGUGCACAGAGGCCAGUCAAGGUAUUUGGUGCACGCAGUCAUGGGACACAGUGCACCAGUGCAGCCGGUGCCUUGGGAGCCACCCUCAGAUUCAGUGCACUCACAAGGAGAUGCCGAAGCCAUCCUUCCUCAAGUCCAUGGGCAAAGGAAAAGGAAAGGGAGGAAGAAAAGGAAAGGGCGCUAGAGCAAUUGAGAGGCCGAGGAAUUCAGCGGCACCCACACCAACCGCACAGGGUGUGGGGAGCAGCAAAAUACUUUACCUUUUCAGUGGUCCGCCACGGCCAGAUGAUGGGCUUGGCAAGUUCUUGGAUGAGCUGGGCAUUGAAUGUGUCUGCGUGGAUCUUGAGGUUAAUGAACUGCAUGACCUUCUAGACCAAGAUGUUUGGGAGGGAGUUUCACAAGACUUGCCAAUGUACGACGGCUUCAUGUUGUCGCCACCUUGUUGCACCUUUUCUAUGGCAAGAGGUGGAAAGGGCGGGCCACAGCCACUCAGAGCAGCUGAGGGAAAGGAGAUCUAUGGUCUCAAGACUUUGAAACCAGAAGACAAGAAACGAGCCCACGAGGGAAAUGUUUUGGCAUCGAGAGCACAGUCAACAGCUUCUCAUGCCACACGUCGCAAGAAACCUUGGAUUCUGGAGCAGCCCCAUGAACGAGAGGGGAAGCCUUCCAUGUUCAAGCUUGAUGAGUUCAGGGAGCUUGAGAAAGAGCAAGACGUGCGACGGGCCACCUUUGACCAAUGCCGUUUCGGAUGCGAGUUUGAAAAGAAGACUGAUGUGCUUGCCAAUUUUGAUUUAGGGACAUCAGAGCCCCAGGGGGACUACAUCACCAGGCGGGCGGCUGCGUACCCUGCGGAUCUCAACAGGGCACUAGCUAGAGCUUUGGGAAACGCAGUGAAAGUGGCUGCGAGGACGGAAGUUCCAAGUAACGUAGCCAAGCCAAAGUUUGAGGUUGACCCCAAACCUGUUAUGGCCCUAAAAUUUGGUAAGCCACAGAAUGUCGAAACCCAGGUAGACGACAGAAACAGUCUGAGGAAUGUUUCAAACUGGGUGAAUGACAAAAUGAAGUUCAUAGGGGUUCAAGUCAGAAACAUCAUUGAGGAUUCCUUGUCUCAGAAUCCAGACGUGGAGAACUGCAUUUGGGAGAACAUCACGCAGCAUCAGAAACCAGAAGAUGUUCAUAUCCCGGAACCCUGGAUGGAUCAUGUCAGAUCCAGGGUCAUCGAUCUGUUCUUUCGCAACGAUGGCAGCAUUGUUGUUAAGCAACUGGCUGAACCGCAGACUGGGGACUAUGAGACUAAGAUCAUGGGCAGGCUCCUUCACGCAUGGGCUUGUAUUGUUGGUGACCCAGGUGCAAGAGCUACGAGAUGGAUAUUUGAAGGAGCACCGGCAGGGUUGGAAAUGAGUUCAAAGGACCUAGAUGGCAUGUUUCCCAGUGUCGAAGAUGAUGAACUGGAACUGGAUGAUAUUAACCUGCAUACUGACUUCGGUUCAUUUACAAACUACACUGGUGUUGAAGAGGACAAUGAAGCAUUUGAUGCGCUCGAGUCAUACUACGAGAAAGGGUUCAUGUUGAAAUUUCGUACACUAGAUGAUGUUGAACGGCAUCUGGGAUGUAAACCAACCUUGUCUAAACUGGGAUGCAUUAAGAAGAUGAAGUAUAACCCUGACACAGACCAGUACACCUAUAAGGCCAGGAUCAUAUUGGAUUGCAAGCGCUCUGGAGUGUCGAAGCGGGCACAACGUACGCACAAAAGUGUACUUCCCAGGGCCACCGAUGCAAUCUUGUCGGUCUUGCACUUGAUGGCGCAGAAACAAUCUGGUCAGGAUAUACAGCUCUUCAUUGCCGAUAUUGUCGAUGCCUUCUGGCUCAUUCCUCUUCACGUUUCGGAGAGGAGGUACUUCUGUGCACACUUGCGCGGGCAUUACUACUUGUUCACUAGAACGGCCCAAGGGUCACGCAUGGCACCACUGACAUUUGCUGCAAUCAUGUCGGUGGCUUCCAGAUGGGUGCAGAGCCUGAGCAACGAGUACGCCAUGCAGGUUUAUGUUGACGACCCAUUGGUGGCAAUUCUGGCAGAGCCGCAUCGUACCAAGCGGCUGGCAUGCGUUAUUGCGUCUGCAUGGAUGAUCAUGGGUUUUCCUUUGGCAUUCCACAAGGCAACUCUGGCACCACAACUAGUAUGGAUUGGGGUGCAGCUUGAAGUGAAGGAUGACACAGUAGUGGCGGAAAUUCCAGCAUCAAAGGUUUCGGAACUCAUCAAACUCUUGAAGGACACCCUUGGCAGCAACUUGGUGUCCAUCAAGUCUUUGCGGUCUCUUACAGGCAAGCUCACCUCUGUCGCAUCAGUCAUUCAGGUGUGGAGACCAUUUGUGCAGCAGCUGUACAAGGCCAUGCAUGUCGUGAACACCAAAGCUCCCAAAGGCUGUGUCUGGGUCAAACAGAUACAGCAUACAGUGUCAUGGCUUCUCACCUUCUUGGCUGGAGAACAGCUGGGCAUUAGACGAGAGUUCACUCUGGACGCGUAUCUUCGCAAAGGACCAGUUGUUGUCAUCACAUGGGAUGCAAGCCCAUAUGGCAUGGGGGCUACAUUACAAAUCAGCGGUGCCUUUGUCUCUUUCUUUGCGAUCCCCAUAACCUUGGAAGAUCAGGAGGCCCUGCAGACGCAGUCAGGUGACUGUCGUGGACAGCAAGUAUGGGAGGCAUUAGCUGGUUUAGUUGCCUUGAGAACGUGGUCACCAUACUGGCAGCACUUUCCUGUGGUCCUGCAAGUGCGCAAUGACAACGUUGGAGCCCUUACCUUGUUUUCGACGUUGAAAGGAGGUUCAACUGCUCUCUCAGUCAUCGCUCGAGAGUUCGCGCUAGACCUGGGAAAGGCUACAUGCAGACCUGCAUUGAUUCAACACUUGCCGGGCAUCACCAACAAGACCUGUGAUGCAUUAUCUCGAAGAUUUGAUCCUCACUAUACUUUCGAACUGCCGAGAUGCUUGCUGCAUGCAAAGCCAAUUGUUCCACCUACUCGAGACAAAACCUGGUGGAGAAGUUUACAGGUCACCGUUCCGAGCUCUUCAUCGGCACCGCCAUUGGCAGACUCAAAGGGAAUCAGAUCUCGUUCCCCAAGACGCUAG